AUGGUCUCAACUUCCUCCUCCAAAAAGAGCUCAGGCUCAGGCGGCAAAAUAUCACUCAAAAAAGUCAAGGGCGAGAACUUUUACCGCGAUGCCAAGGCAGCCAGUCGUUUGAAGAUGCUCAACGGCGGCAAAGCCGUUCGAGAUAGAGAUGGCAAGAUUAUUAAAGCUGCUGCGUUCCAGAAGGGUGAAGAUGAGACUAAGCCUGGACGAGUGCAGCCUGAUCGUCGGUGGUUCGGAAAUACGAGGGUUAUCUCGCAGACUGCUUUGGACCACUUUAGGACGAGUUUGGCUGGGAAGAAGGAUGAUCCUUAUUCGGUGUUGUUGAGGAGGAAUAAGCUUCCUAUGGCUUUGCUUGACGAUGCUGCCAACCCGCAUACUCGCAAGCGCUCACACAUCGUUGAAACUGAACCAUUCGCCGAGACCUUUGGACCGAAAGCACAGCGCAAGAGGCCGAGGAUUGAGGCUGGGACGUUUGAAGAGCUGAGCCAGAUGGCUGCGACUGCGGGAGAGGAGGCUGAGGAGGCUGCUGCCAAGUCCGGAAAGGACGUUAUCGAACCCCUCGCUUCAGCAGUCACCAGUGCACCCGCGUACGCCGACUACAAGGAACCUAUCUACGCCAAGGGUACUUCGAGACGAAUCUACGGAGAGCUGUACAAGGUCAUCGACUCUUCGGAUGUCGUUCUCCAUGUUUUGGAUGCUCGAGAUCCGCUGGGAACCAUGUGCGAGUCUGUGUUGGAUUAUAUCAAGAAGGAAAAAUCGCACAAGCAGGUCGUACUUGUUAUCAACAAGUGUGAUCUCGUGCCUAACUGGGUGACCGCUCGGUACAUCCAACACUUGACGCCCCGGUACCCUACCAUCGCUUUCCACGCCUCUCCCAACAAUUCGUUCGGCAAAGGCACACUCAUCCAGUUGCUCAGGCAGUUCGCUCAGCUGCAUUCGGACAAGAAGCAAAUCUCAGUUGGAUUUAUUGGAUACCCUAAUGUCGGAAAGAGCAGCGUUAUUAAUACCCUCAAAAGCGGCAAGGUUUGCCGUGUCGCACCCAUUCCUGGUGAAACAAAAGUAUGGCAAUACAUCACCCUCACCAGGAGGAUUUACCUCAUCGACUGUCCCGGAAUUGUUCCCGCUUCAGCCAAAGACUCUGAAACCGACAUCGUCCUUAAGGGUGUUGUCCGAGUUGAAGCACUACCCACUCCCUCAGACCACAUUGCCGUCCUCAUGUCCCGAGUCAAGCCCAUCUACCUGUCACGCACCUACGACCUCCCUCUUCCCAACCCCUCCAAUCCUUCCGAAGGCUGGUCACCGGAAGAUUUUCUCGAGAAACUCGCUCGCAUGAAAGGUCGUCUACUCAAGGGUGGCGAACCUGACCGUAACUCUGUUGCCAAAAUCAUUCUGCAAGACUGGGUGAGAGGGAAGAUUCCGUUCUUCGUCUCUCCGCCUGAGAGGUCGGAAGAGCUCAAUGAAGCUGAGGCGAAGAAGAAGAGGUUGGCGGAUGCGAAGGGCAAGGGCAAGGCUGUUGAGCAACAGCAGCCAGAGUUGACUGUGAAGCAGAAUUUGAAGACGAUUACGCAGAAGAAUACAUUCAUUCCGGAGGAUAUUAAGAAGAUCGAAGAGGAGGAAGAGGACGAGCAGGAGGAGCAGGUUGCUGUAAGCGACGGUGGUGAUGAUUCCGAGUUGGAUGCAGAGGGUGAAGAUGACGUUGAGGAGGAUGAAGAGGAGGAGGAGCAAGAAGAGGAGGAUGACUUGAAGUGGACCGAUGUCUUUGCUGGAAUCAAUGCCCCAGAGGAGGAGGCCUCGGAACCUUCUGAUAGCGAAUCCGAAGCAUCGGAGGAGGAGGAGGAGGCACCUGUCAAGAAAGAGGCACGCAUGAAGACGAACAAGCGCAAAGCAGAAAACUUCUACACGAAUGCCAACGUCAAGAACAAAAAUCGACAAAAGGCAGCAUUGCUCCGAUCAUUACCCGCUGGGAAGAGAAGAGAGGGCCGAAAGUCGAGAAAGUAAACGCCCUGUUCUGGUUGGCUGGAGACGUGUGUUGGACCGAAAAUCCGAUAAGAAUUGUAGGAAUUUUGUUCGAAGCUUGGGUCGCUGGUGUUCAUGUGUCCAGGGUUCUGUUGUCGUUUACCUC